CAGUGCACCGGCUGCGCAUCCCCAGCAUGUUCUACUCGGGGGUCCUGACGGAGCCGAGCAGGAAAGAAGUGGAGCUGCGGGAAGCGGCGGCCCUGCGGCAGCAGCGACGCGUGAAGCAGGCGGUGCAGUUCCUGCACCAGGACUCCGCGGACCUGCUCCCGCUGGAUGGGCUGAAGAAGCUGGGCUCCUCCAAAGAUACCCAACCGCACAGCAUCCUGCAGAGGCGCCUCAUGGAGACCAACUUGUCCAAGCUACGGAGCAGCCGAGGCCCCUGGGCCGCCAAGAGCGAUCCCGCUGGGAAGCUGCAUCCGAGUGCGCCGGGCAGCGCCGGGCAGCUGCGGCAGGAGGAGCUCAUCGUGGUGCGCUGCCAGUGUGCCGGCCAGGAGCUGGAGGCCGUGGUGGACACCGGCUCGCACUUCAACCUCGUCUCGUCUGCCUGCCUCGACCGGCUGGGGUUGUCGGAGCACGUCAAGGCCUUUGGCAGCGACGAGGAGGGGGCUGUGCUGCCGCAGGGCGUGCGGGCCGUCGGCCGCGUGGAGGGGCUGGCGCUGGCGCUGGGAGCCGUGUCCCUGGAGUGCGGCGCCCUUGUCUUGGAGGACAGUGAGAAGCCCUUUUCCUUGGGGCUGCAGACGCUGAAGUCUCUGAAGUGUAUCAUCAACAUGGAGAAGCAGCACCUGGUCCUGGGGCAGGCCGACAGGGCAGAGAUCCCGUUCGUGGAGGGCAGCGCAGCCGCGGAGGACGAGCGCACUUUGGAGGCAUAAGGAGGAAUUGAAACGCCCCCACACGAGAGCUUGACAUCAAAGACCUUCUGUGCAGCUGUUCCAGAUGAAACAGCUCCCUGCUGCUUUGGAAACACACUAGGCUACAGCGCGAGUCUAGCUAAACGAAAUCCUCUUCAGUAGCCGGUAACUUAGAGAUAUUGUCAUGUAUAUCUAUGGGGUUUGAGAAACAAACGUGUGCUUUUUUCUGGAAUUUUCUAUAUAGUGUCCUCUUUAUUAUGAACACUCAGACAAACCUUAUGAAUUUCUUCUGACGAGAAAAACACUUUUUAUAAUGGCCUCCUCUGAGCAGCUGUAUUUGGCUGUGAUCAGCAGCUAUGAGGAAGGGAUUUUUAUCAAUGAUUUUUCCAGAAGCCCAGGGUUUGUACUCCCUUCAUUGGUGCCGCCGCUCUGCAGUGGCCCUUACCAGGCAGCCACUCGUAGCAACACAACAGGCCGAUGCUCCCCGGGUUUGGGGUUUCGGCUCCUGCUCUUUGCCUCAGCAUUGCUGCCCUAUCCCGAGGGCUCUGUGUGGAGCGUCGGCCGCAGCGUUAUCCAGCUCCGAGCUCUGCCUUGGCGGCGUGGGAGCAACCCCACGGCGAGUGCAGAAAGCAAGAGCUGCAGAGCGUUAGAGCCUGUCGCCAAGCGAAGCCAUAUUUUAUAUUUGGGGCGAGUUGCCCGGGAUCUGCGCGUGCGGGCUGGGCCCUGCUGACGGCAGGGAGACGCGGAGGCCUUGCCCGGAGCCGGUUCCGUCCAGCCCGCGGCUCCCUGGCGCCACGCUUGGCCACCGGGCAAAGGCAGCUCUUUCCCGGGCCCGUGCCC